ACACUCUAGGUGAAUCUGUUGGCAUUAUACUCCGAGAUCUAGCAAUUGUCGGUGUGUCGAAAAUCGUGAAGUGUCACGGUUGUGUAUAAAUAUUCCUGUGUUUCCAGUAACAAAAUUUUACAUAUUGUCAAAAUGACCCUAAACGUACCAAUGAUGAAGUUCUACAACGGCAACGAGGUGCCGGCUUUCGGUCUGGGCACCUGGAAAUCUAAACCUGGCGAGGUUACACAAGCUGUUAAGGAUGCUAUUGACUUGGGAUAUCGUCAUAUUGAUUGUGCUCAUGUAUAUGGAAACGAGAAGGAAGUCGGUGUUGCCCUUAAAGCCAAGAUAGCUGAAGGUGUUGUGAAAAGGCAAGACCUUUUUAUAACAAGCAAAUUAUGGAAUACGUUCCAUAAACCAGAACUGGUUGAGCCAGCUAUCAAAACUACUCUGUCCAAUCUGGGUUUGGAAUACUUGGAUUUGUACCUGAUUCAUUGGCCAAUGGCUUACAAAGAAGGCGAUGAUCUCUUCCCAAAGAAUGCUGAUGAUACUCUAGCCUUGAGCAAUGUUGAUUAUAUGGAUACAUGGAAGGCCAUGGAAGGUUUGGUAACUAAGGGACUUACAAAGAACAUUGGUCUUAGCAACUUCAAUUCUGAACAAGUGGAAAGAGUGCUAAAGAACUGUACCAUCAAACCAGUUACAAAUCAGAUCGAAUGUCAUCCAUACCUAACUCAGAAAAAGCUGUCUGCACUCUGUGUUGGGAAAGGUAUUCUUAUCACAGCCUACAGUCCUCUUGGAUCUCCUGACAGGCCAUGGGCGCAACCCGAUGAUCCCAAACUGAUGGAUGACAAAAAAUUGGGUGAAUUAGCGAAAAAAUAUAACAAAACACCUGCACAAGUUUUGAUUAGAUAUCAGUUGGACCGUGGACACAUUGUAAUCCCUAAGUCAGUUACAAAGUCGCGAAUCGCUGAGAACGCCGAGGUCUUUGAUUUCAAGCUUACUUCUGAAGAUAUUGCAUACAUCGAUACAUUUGAUUGUAACGGCAGGAUCUGUCCAAUGCCUGGUACGGAACCAAGUCCCCACUACCCUUUCCACAUUCCUUUCUAAGAAAAGAAUUUAGUUAAACUAAGAAUGUAUUACAAGCUGGUAUUGUUGCAAAAUUUGCAAUGUUCUUCUGUGUUAAUUUUCUACAUGAAGUAUGUAUAAAAUAAAUAUCUUUUAAAUAUAAA